AACGUCAAAAUGCCUUUCUGUGCCCCCUCCUCGCGUUCUCACCGCUGCGGAGCAGAAUCACGAGUUUGUGGACGAGCAGGUCUUCGAGGAGAGCUGCAUGGAGGUUGCGAGCGGAACCCGGCCUUCAAGCCACAGCCCCUCUCUCUCUUCGCAAGGAGUCACCAGCACUUGCUGUUCACGACGACACAAAAAAACCUUCCGCAUCCCAAAUGCCAACGUGGCCGGAAGCCACCGGGGCAGUGUGCAAGAACUCAGUACGAUCCAGAUCAGAUGUGUGGAGAGAACCCCGCUGUCUAACAGCCGAUCCAGUUUAAAUGCCAAAAUGGAAGAAUGUGUUAAACUAAACUGUGAACAACCUUAUGUGACCACAGCAAUAAUAAGCAUCCCAACACCUCCAGUGACCACCCCUGAAGGAGACGACAGGCCAGAAUCUCCGGAGUACUCAGGAGGCAAUAUUGUCAGAGUGUCUGCUUUGUAAGACAAUUGGAACCAGGUCUAAGAAAAUCUGAGCUCUGGCUGUGGAAAGAAUUCCAAUGUGGAAGAAAGAAGAAAUAAAUAAACCUUUUGCAGAUGAAAACAGCAAAGCAAGAAGGUUGGCAGUGAAAUAAAAAACAAAGCUUCCAAACCUGAGGAUGGAAAUAAAACCACCAAAUGGCAUUUCUAGACAAAGUUGACCUGUUAUACAGAGGAAGAGUCUGUGACCCUUUGACUUUGUGAAUGAGCACAAUGAAAUGCCGCCUAUCGAUGCUUCUUAUGAUCUGAACUCUUUUUUAAUAAAAUAAAUAAAACAAAUCUUUGAACAUAAUGUUCCAGUUGAAUGCAAAACAAAAAAAUAUGGAAAACAUUUUGAUAAAAAUUUUUCCUGUUAAAACCAUGAACAUUGGCUAUGAUGAAGAUUAUUACGUGUUAAAAAAAAAAAAAAACUCCUACGACACAUUUGUAUUGACUGAAGGAAACCAUCAUAAUGCAUGCUAGAAUUCUUUGAAGCAGUGAUUUCAGUGUCCUUAUGUUGUCUUCAGAAUAGGCAUGAUAAUCUAUAAUUGUAGAAAGGGGGAAUUUCUGUGCACUUACAACAAGCUGAUUGUUCAUGUUCUAUGGUGGGCUGGGCCAAUAAACUCCUUUUAGAGCUGCGGUAUUUCUCAUGGGGAUGCUCAUUAGUAAAUCUAAAGUGUUCAGAUAGUUCAGUAUUAAUUAUUGUUUUACCUUGCACCUAGAUACUGGUACAACUGCAAUAAUUCAUUGUACACCUGUUGUAUCAGGAACCAGGAUUUUUUGUUGUCGUACUUUCCAGAUCUUCAUAGACACAGUAAGAGCCACGUUCAUAGAAACACUUCUGGUGUGGCCAGGUUUUAGGUAACUUUUUAAUCCAAAACUAUUGUGCCAUAAAUGUUUUUCAGUAAUAUCCUUUGGUCCACUGUGUCCCCGUGACAGUGCAUUAUCUGUUCUUGUACUUCUACAGCGCCUUUCUAUUGGGUUUGUCGUCAUCAACUGGACUAACAUUUUGUAGUUCAAAUGACUUUCCUACUUUUGUAUUCCCCGACAUACUACCUUGUAAGUAGAUUACUAUCAUCAAUCCCCUUAUCAAAAAUCAGGAAAAAGGAGUUGACAUCUAUGAAUGAUCUCUAACCUCUUUGCUGUUAGGGAAAAGCCCAGACACUGGAUAUAUCGCUAUGCGUUUCAGGCAAAGAGUAGGCUGGGAUUAAUAUCACAAAAUCAGUGAUCCCAGAAUAUCACUUGAUGUAUUAUUUAUUUUACUUUAGAUCUUGAAUACAUUUUGAGAAUAACUAAUGUGAAUUGAAAUGCAGAGAUUAAGAACUAGAGUGCUUUAUGUAGCAAUAUUUGAUGAAAGCACGCUCUCUACGCCACUGGAGAAGGCCGCACAAAUUCUUCGGAGAAAGGCUCCUGUACACAGCAAGGAGCAAUUUUCUCCACUAAAUCAGGAGGACAGGAGUUUGAGGAUGCAAAGUUGAUCUCUGUGUACAUUUAAGUGAAAAGUCUUUAUACCUUUUCACCUUUAAAAUAUAUCAGCAGACAUGUCUGCACGUGACAGUGUAAAAAAGUUUUAUGUCAAAUGAAAAGUUUUGUUCAUUCCAAACCACCACCGUAAGAAAUAACGUUUAGCUUCCGUACAUGGAAAGAAUUAAUAAUUAUCCCUCUACUAUAGAGAUUUUAAAAUGCUUAUCAUAAUUUAUCAUAAAAAGGAAUUAAUUCAACCAUUUUCAAGUAAAGCCAGAAAUUCUUGCUUCCCAUUUCUAGAAUAGCUUCUAGAACAGUGCUGUGCACAUGGUAGAUCUUAAUAAACAUUUGCUGAAUAAAAGUAAGAUACACUCCACUAUCUCUCGGGAAGAACUGGCUUUACUCCUAGUAUGUCUUUUAAAAAGUUACUAAUCUUCCUGGAGUGUGAAUAUUAACAAUUAUAUUAACACCUGCCUCAUGUCACUUUAUGCUUCUAGAGCAAAUAUAGUGAAACGUCUUUGAUGGCAUUUGUUGAAAAAACUUUUUAAAAAGUAGACUAAGGAAACCACAAUCAGGAAUACUUAGGUCUUUUGAUUCCCAAUGAAAAGUUCUAUUUUCAUGUUCUUAAUACUACAUUUUAAAAAAUGCAGUUAGAUUAUUUCAGUUGACAAUUCUGUCUCCUUUUCAACUUAUCAUUUAUCCCAAACUAUUAAUUCCUUUAGAUUUUUGGAAAAGAAAAAAAAAACUUUUUGGUGUUUUAGGUGAUUUAAAAAUAUACUGUGUUGGUGGUGAAUGACUAUUGAUGACUGUGUGUUAAGUGCAUCUGUAUUGUAAGUGAAAUGUAAUUAUUUCUGUGUACCAUAUGGAGUAACCA